AUGGGUUUCCAACAAUACAUACAUAACGACCAUGACGAGCUCAGCGACUUUGGAUUUUCUCAAUUGAAAGAAAAGUGCCUCAAUGCAAGAAAUGUUUCAUACUCCCCCUAUUCCAAUUUUCGAGUGGGAUGUACGAUACUCACUGAAACGGGCGAACACUUCUCGGGUGCCAAUGUCGAGAAUGCCUCGUAUGGUGCCGGAGUUUGUGCUGAAAGAACAGCCAUUUGUAAGGCAGUUACUGAGGGCCACCGCAAAUUCAAAAUCAUAGCCAUCUCUGGAGAUGACGAAGAGCCUAUCACACCAUGUGGUAUUUGCAGACAGUUUAUCAGAGAAUUUGCACCCGAGGUACCCAUUUACAUGUUCAAUAAAGAUGGCUCCAAGUUCAUCAAGGUCUUCUUACAAGACUUGCUCCCAUUGAGCUUUGGCCCAGAAAACCUAGGGAUCAAAUUUCUCAUACAGUAA